AUCGCUGACAGCCGACGGUCGGCGGACAACCGUGAGUCACGGGGGAAUCGGCUUUAUUCAAUCCGUUGUUUCUGACCGCUUUUUUCAGGCACAGGUAGAUACCCUGAUAUAUACAAAUACAAUUCAUAUAGAUAAUAAAAAGCAGCCCUGCGGACAUUUGGCCAGUUUUAACUGAACUCUUUCCAGGGCGCUUGCGUUUUACAUGGACGUUUGCUGUCACCUGAAGCGACAUUUACGCAACUCCGAGCUUCUCUUCCGUAUUAUGCGCAGCUGUCAACAGCAGCGUGUCAGAUGAGCGAUACUUUCUAGCAUUGAAUCGUUCAUAUUGAAAUAUGCAAUCGGGCGUGUUUUUGGGACAACCUCUUUGGAAAGCGCCGAAGGUUUCGUGGAUUUGCCGGGGGUAAACAUCGGAAAGUGUCCGCUUGCAUUACUUGUCAUUUAAUAGCAUAACUUUAAUACAACGCGAAAAUAUGAAAAAUGUCGUCGGAGGAACACACCACUACAGUUUGCGAAAACGGAGCGAUACUCGAAGAAACUUUGGACGGGAGCUACACGGAGGGCUUCUCGGGGGUGGAUGGCGUGGCGGGGCACUCCGUGGCACAGACCCAAACGGACCUGCUGCUCUUGGAGGACAAAGAGACGCAGACCAGCGCCCCGAUCGUAAUGUGGAUGGACGAUCCGAGGUCGCAUGUAAAAGGGAAGCACGCUGCGCUCCAGGACCAAGACGAAAAGGUCACGCCGUUUCUCCAGUUUAACAGACAGGCGGCAGCUCGGAUUUCCACGUCCCCCACCUUGAGGAGGAUGAGGAGCAGCGUCCGACGGCCCGUGAAGGCCAUCCAGGACCACACGAGGGGGAACGGCACCCAGGAGGAGUCGGUCACCUGCGAAUCCCCCGUUCCGGGGAACGCAUUUUCACCCCAGUACAAGCACGGGUUUCUGUUACCGGAACCCUCGAGCUGCCCGGAACCUGGAGUCCGGCCGAACGGGGAGCAGGACAACCAGCCCGCCGUGUCCCCGAUGGAAUCCACGAACAGAUCGGGUAGAUGCCAUACUCUGGACAACAGUCUGAUUCAACAGAGAAAAACGUCAUGUAGUGUUACUAAACCCAUUUGCGGAACGCCAGAAGUGGAAGAGCACUUGAAUCAGGCGAAGGAUCCAUCUCAGGAACGGCUGGAGGAGCGGAGACGGAGUUCGGUAGUGAUCAGCUUGCCAGGACUGGACGUGUCUCCGGGAGACCUGUUCGUGUCCAACGGGGCAGCAGAUACCAAGAAGUCAAAGUGGCCGUUCACAAGACGUGUUGUGGCCAAAGGAAAGGAAGGCUCUGUGUCAGAUGUGAUGAAGCACCUGUCCACCAUGCAGGUGGAGGACUGGAGGGAUACAGAGCUACAGACGUACAAGGACUGUUCACUGGAGGGCUUCUUGAAGAUCCAUGGCUGCAAAGGCAAGCUUGAGGGUGGAGAUCAGGACCACAGGAGGGAAGAGGCCGUGUGGGAGCUCUUCACCAGCGAGUGUGUGUACUUCCUCGACCAGCUCAUGGUUCUGAAACAGGUGUUCCUGGUCUCACUGGCCAACUUACAGGAGAAUGACUGUCUGCAGGAUGUCGACCCCUGGAAGCUUUUUGCCAAUUUGAACGAGUUAUGCUUGGUAAGCUUUGGCUUCCUCACCAGUUUUCUGCGAGUCAUCAAACAGUCAUGGGAUAUCCCAGUGACGGCCGCCUCACCUGAACUGGCAGAUCUGCUCGUCAAGGGUUUCAAAGACAGCAUCUGCCACUGCCAGCAGAAGUACUGCCUCAACUACUCUACUACAACCUUUUACGUGGAUAGCCUGAAACACAGGGAAGACUUCAAGGCCUACGUCAAGGUACUUUGGCAGACCCCUAAUGAUAUAGGUCGCCUCCUAUCUCCAUUCUGCCCAUCCCUCCCCCUUCCACAGUGGUGUGAGAGCCACCCGGAUUGCCGACGACUACAGCUGAAGGACUUGCAGGUGGCACCAUUGCAGCGACUGACCCGCUACCCGCUGUUGCUGAGGAACAUCUGCAAGCGUAGCAGCAGCGAAGAACAGAGCCGGGCCGUGGAGGCCGUGGUGGAGAUUGUGGACAGAAGCAUACAGGAGCUGGAAGGGAAGGUGAAAUGGCUGGAUAACUACCAUAACAUUCAGCGGCUAAAGGAGUGCCUGAUUUGGCCACAGGUGUGGGAGCGGAAUAAGAGGGGCUUCGUUCCCGAGAAUUUGAAACACCUCCUCAAGGUUGCAACGCUUGACAACCUCAUUACUCACCGGAAUAUGCUGUUUGAAGGGAAAGUGUCCGUCAUUGAGCAAUCGAAGGUGCGCGAGGUCCACCUCUUCUUGUUUGAGGAAUUCCUUCUUAUCACCAAGGUCAAGAGGAAUAAGAAGCACCAGCGGCCCAUUGGGCUGGAUUCAAACCCACUGCGACCGGCACUGAGCCAGGAACUGCAGGAUGGCUGCACCUUCAUGGUCCUGGACCAGCCCAUCUCACUGGACCGGCUGCAGCUGAGGAACGUCGACCAGUUAAACGCUACAGCGUCUGGCCUGCCCAACACCUUCGUGAUCCUGCACCUGAACCGUUACCAGCAGUGCGUUGGUGUCUAUAUCCUGCAGGCAGGAUCUGAGACCCUCAAGAAAUGCUGGAUGUCGGAGAUAGAGGGCGCUGUUGCAGCACUGCAGAGACAGGACUCUCAGCAGCCCCGCGUGAGGUAUUCGGCACAGUGGCUCGAGUCCUCGCAGAUCUAGUCAUGGAACCGUCCCAGAAACCAAACAACCUUGUAAAUAAAUUCUUGUAUUAGAAUUUCUGCUUUAUUGUAAAAAAAAACUUCUGUCUAGUUGUCAUUUGUUUACAGUUAAAUAAAAUGCAGACCUGGCUUUCUGCAGUCUACCUGU